AUGUUUGACGUUCUGCCUAAAGUAAUCAGUGAAAUACCUACUUGACUUCCAGUGAAGGCACUGAUGAAAUUCAGAUGUGUAUCAAAAUCAUUCAAAUCCCUUAUCGACAACCCAAAAUUCAUCGAAGCUCACCUCAACCAACAAACAUUGAAACCCAACACAAAUACUAAGCUUAUUCUCAAUGCUCACAACCUUUUGUCGCUUGACUUUAGUUCAAUUUGUAACGGAGCAUCAAACCAACAACCAAUAGAGCUUGAGCAUCCAUUGAAGCAACUCUAUUGUGCAACUCAGGUACUAGGUUGUUUUCGUGGUUUGUUUUUUACAUCCAACAACUUGAAUGAUAAUGUUGCUUUGUGGAAUCUACCCACCAAGAUGUUCCAUAGAUUGCCUAUUCGUCCAGUGAAACCUCCAAGCAGAAUCCCACAGGGACAUGGUAUUGGGUUGGCCGAAAUUUGUGGUGGUUUUGGGUAUGAUGAUUCUGACAAUGAUUAUAAGGUGGUUACAAUACCACAAAGGUAUCACCCAUACGAUCAAGAUCAACCUUCCUUAGUCUCUGAGGUGAUGGUUUAUAGUUUGAAGUUGGGCGUGUGGAAAAAGGUUCAGGAUUAUAAUUACUGGCUGCAUACAGAAAAUAAUGUCACGUUUGCUGGAGGUGCAUUGAACUGGAUAGCAACUAAGAAUCCAUUAUAGGGGAGUUUUUUGAUUCUUGUUGGUUUCAAUUUUGGAAGUGAGAGGUUUGAGGAGAUGCCAUUUCCUUAG